CGACUCACCGACCAGGAGUACUGCAGGACGGCUAAUCAUGAGCAAUAUGAGUGCAUGAACCACAUCGCUGUCAUACAGAAGACGGGACAGGGCAAGCUGUACGUGUGUGGCACCAACUCAUUUAAACCCAAGGACUGGCUGUUCGAGCCGGAUCUUAGGAAGUACAGUCCCUACCCACCAGCUGGAUCAGGCGUAGCUAAAUGUCCGUUCAACCCCAACGACCCUUCCACUGCCGUGUGGAUAGAGAAGGGUAACCCUAGCGACAUCCCGUCCCUCUACUCGGGCACCCAGGCACACUUCUCCAGCGACCCACUCAUCUACCGGCCGAGUCUCUUCAACGACGACCUUCCGCUACACGACUUCAUACGUACCUCUCCCUCCGACUCGAAAUGGCUCAACCAGCCGAAGUUUGUCGGAUCAUUCGACAUGGGCGACUACGUCUACUUCUUCUUCCGCGAGACGGCUGUCGAGUACAUCAACUGCGGCAAGCGCGUGUACUCGCGCGUCGCGCGCGUCUGCAAGAAGGAUAAUGGCGGACAGAACGUGCUCAUGCAGCACUGGACCACCUACAUGAAGGCGCGCCUCAACUGCUCCAUCCCGGGAGCAUUCCCGUUCUACUUCGACGAGAUACAGGACGUCUACAGGUCGCCGGACAAUGACACGGUGUUCCAUGCUGUCUUCACAACAUCUCUGAACGGUCUCGUCGGCUCGGCGGUGUGCAUGUACAGCUUCUUGUAUCUCACACGUAUCUCACACCUACCUCACACGUAUGCCCGCAGGAACGGUCUCGUCGGCUCGGCGGUGUGCAUGUACAGCUUCUUGUAUCUCACACGUAUCUCACACCUACCUCACACGUAUGCCCGCAGGAACGGUCUCGUCGGCUCGGCGGUGUGCAUGUACAGCUUCUUGUAUCUCACACGUAUCUCACACCUACCUCACACGUAUGCCCGCAGGAACGGUCUCGUCGGCUCGGCGCAUCGCCUCCUCCCUCGUUACCCACCGUCCACCGUUCGUUAA